AUGAAUCCACUCUUCGUGCUUUCUCGCCCUGUCUUCGCAUCUGACACGAGGUCGCAAUUGAAGUCGAGGGCGCUUUGUCGGCAGGUUGGCGUAAUGCGCCGAGCAAGAACCCCCCGAUGCUCAGCAAUGACAGCCGAAAAGGCGCGCCUCAAGCUAGAAAUAGAGAAUGUCGCCGGAGAGCAGCGGGGAAUAUUUGGGAUGGAGGACGACCAACGAGAAGCCUUCGAGAGAUUAAUUCAAGCGGUAGAGGCGAUCAACCCGGUCACUGAACCAACAGCCAACAACGCGGCCGCAGCCGGUGGGAAAUGGCGUCUGCUGUACACGAACUUAGAAAUCUUGGGUCGGCGGCGCGUCAAGCUAGCGAUUGCGACCGAGCGAAAGCCGGGGUUUGUAAAGCUGGGGGAUUUUUUUCAGGUGGUGGAUCCUGCGACGCGGGUGAGCAAGAACGUCGUGGAGUUCCGCAUUCUGACGGGGGGGACGGGUACGUUCACUGUGUGCGCGGAGUAUGAGGCGAUAAGCAAGACGCGGGUGGAGGUGCGGACGACGGGGGCGGGGUUGGAGCCGAAGGCGUUAGAGGAGCUGCUGGGGGAAAACAAGACGCUGUUGACGCAAAUUUUUAAUCCAGAGGGGUUUCUUGAUAUCACAUUCGUGGACGAGUCGAUGAGAAUCGGGAGAGAUAACAAGGGUCAUGUGUUUGUGCUGGAGAAAUGCGAGCAGUAA